GAAGCUUAAUGCAACAUUCCACCACGAUUUUCUACAGAACAGUUUUAAACCACGUGUUGGGCACGCACAUUUUUCGACUCCGUUUGACUAACCUCAGUGAAGCGACGUCCAUCGCAGAGAGGAAUUGAAAUUUCCUAUUUUAGUAUAAUUGUUGAAAUGGAGACUGAUCAAGAAAUCAAUCCUAAGGCUUAUCCCUUGGCUGAUGGACAGCUAACAGUAAAAAUUUUGAACUUAGUUCAACAAGCAUCCAACUACAAGCAAAUGCGUAAAGGAGCAAAUGAAGCCACAAAAGCCCUUAACCGAGGUCUUGCAGAAUUUAUUGUAAUGGCUGCAGAUGCCGAACCUUUGGAAAUCUUACUGCAUCUGCCUUUACUUUGUGAAGAUAAGAAUGUUCCUUAUGUAUUUGUUCGUUCAAAGCAAGCAUUGGGGCGUGCCUGUGGGGUCUCCCGUUCUGUCAUUGCUUGUUCUGUGACUGUUCAUGAAGGUUCCCAGCUAAAACCACAAAUCCAGUCAUUACAGCAAGAAAUUGAGAAACUUCUAAUUUGAUGAUCUCAGACCAUUUUGUGCAGUUCAAAUGACUUCAUUGAAAUAAAAGGCCAAUUAGGCAUAAACUGU